UCAAGAUAAUUCAUCAUCAUCAUCAUGAUGAACCACCGCCUAUAAAUUCAUCAUCAAUUAUCACUGCCAUUACAAAUGUCACCAUUGCUACUGCUGCAAUGGCAACAACGACAAUGACAACAACAACGACAACGACGACGACAACCACAGCCACCAAUAUUGAUGAAGAUUUAUGUUCAAAACAUGAAUUUCAUUGCCGUAUAGAUGGUUAUUGUAUACCGAUUGAACAACGUUGUGAUGGUUGGAUACAAUGUACGGAUCGUACCGAUGAAGAUGAUUGUUCAGCUUCAUUUACAAAAGAAUGUCGUCCAGAUGAAUUUCAAUGUUAUGAUGGCCUUUGCCUUUCACAAAGACAACGUUGUGAUGAUCAUCCUGAUUGUCAUGAUGGUAGUGAUGAACGUGAUUGCCAUUGUCAAGCAAAUCAAUUUCGUUGCCAUUCAAUUUUUCAAUGUAUUGAUAGCCGUUUACGUUGUGAUUAUAAAUAUGAUUGUUUUGAUCAUACUGAUGAGCUUCAUUGUGAAGAAAAUGUUUGUGCAUUUGGACAAUUUCGUUGCUCAAAUGGCCAAUGUAUAUCGGAACGUUUAAAAUGUAAUGCAAUUAAAGAUUGUCUUGAUGGAUCCGAUGAAAUGAUCGACGAUUGUAUGGUAAAACAUUGUCGUCCAGAUCAAUUUCGAUGUCAUGAUGGCCAGAAAUGUAUUUCAAAACAAUUAUUAUGUAAUAAUGAAUAUGAUUGUUUCGAUGGUAGUGAUGAACUUCAAUGUAUCGUAAACAACAAUGAAUGUAAUGAAGAUAACAAUAUGUUUCGUUGUCGUGAUGGCCAAUGUAUAUCGAAAGAUUUCCGUUGUAAUUUUCAUAAAGAUUGUUUUGAUGGUAGCGAUGAGCUUGAUUGUCAAAAAAAUCGAACUUGUCGUCUAUCACAAUUUCGUUGCAGUACUGGACUUUGUAUUGAUCGUGCAUUACUUUGUAAUGGAGAAUCUGAUUGUCCGGAUCGUUCCGAUGAAUUGGAAUGUUGGAUAUGUCAAAAAGGUCAAUAUACAUGUGCAAAUGGUCGUUGUAUUGAUCAACGACAAAGAUGUGAUGAUAUACAAGAUUGUCAAGAUGGUUCAGAUGAACAGGAUUGUCCUAGACAGCAGAUUGCAUUACAAAUCUAUCCAGAAAGACAAACAGUACGACAAGGACAAGAAGCCGUAUUUCGUUGUCGUGAUGAAGGUGAUUCUCGUUUACAAGUAGAAUGGCGACGUGAAAAUCGACAAUCAUUGCCACCGGAAGCUGUUGAUAAUCGUGGUCGUUUAUUAUUAUUCAAUGUACAAUUGGAUCAUGCUGGUGUUUAUGUUUGUUCUACCACUAGUGUUUCUGAUGUACCUUUGGCACAAAAAGCAGCUUAUCUUACUGUUCAACCAACUUACGAUUAUGAGAUAAUGAUCAAUCAUUUACCUCAAAAUGAUCAAGGAGAUCAAGAUGAAAUGAAUCAUAUGAUGAAUUCAUCGUCAACAUGUAAAAUGGAUGAAUAUCAAUGUGAAUCGGGUAAUCAAUGUAUACCGAAAAGUUUCCAAUGUGAUGGACGUUUCGAUUGUCAGGAUAAAAGUGAUGAGAUUGGCUGCUCAAAACCAACGAUUGUACAGAAUCCAAGCCGUACAAUCAUUACGGUUGAAGGUGAAACUGUAACAUUAACAUGUCGUGCCAUUGGUUUACCGAUCCCGUUGAUUAAUUGGCGUAAAAAUGAUAAUGAACCAAUACCGGAUUCGCCAAAAAUUACGACCAUUUCUAAUGGUGGUAUUGGAACGUUGACAUUGACUGAUGUUAUGUUUAAUGAUCAAGGUCGUUAUCGUUGUGAAGCAAUUAAUUCAAAACAUUCAGAAUUGGCUAAUGAUGAAACGAUUUUGAUUGUUAAACCAAUAAAUCUACUAUGUCAACCACCAUUAUUCAAUGAUCUGGCCAAUGAUCAAAGUGAAUGUUUACAAUGUUAUUGUUUUGGUCAUACAGACACUUGUUAUAGUUCAUCCAUACAGCAAGAAUCGAUUACAUUGAAUGAUCAAAUGAAAUUGACCGUUGCAGCUAUUGGUCGAAUAUGGACCGGUGACUAUGUGGAUGUAUCGGAUCGUUGUCCACCAAAUCAACAUGCCAUUCAAUUGGAUCCAAUAACACGUGAACAUACAAUUGAUUCAACAAUAGCUUCGGUACAUACACCAGAUAGUGUUUAUUUCUAUUGGCGGUUACCGGAACCAUUUCGUGGUAAUCAUUUAUUAAGCUAUGGUGGCCAUUUACAUUAUUUAGUUCGUUAUCGACAACCAUUCACACCAAGUCCGUUGGAUGAUUUACCCGAUGUUAUUAUUCGUAAUGGAAAUAGAACAAUGUAUCAUUAUCGAAAAUAUUCACAUUCAAUCAACAGCAAAAACAACAACAUUGAUGAUGAUGAUAAUGAUGAUGAUAAUCAUCGAAGAUCAGUCCGUUUCUGGAUUGGUGAAUGGCAAUCAAAUGAACCAACAAUCACGAACGAUCAAAAUUCAUCAUUCAUCGUAGGCGAUUUGAAUCGACAACAAAUUCUACAAAUUAUUUCAAAUAUUGAUGAUAUAUUGAUUAAAGCAUCAUAUGAUUCAAUCAUUUUAGAAUCAUCUAUUAUGGAUAUUGAAUUAGAAUCUGGCCGAAUCACUGAUAGCCAUUUGAAUAGGAAACGUUCAGCUUUUGUUGAACAAUGUUCAUGUCCACAAGGAUAUUCUGGUACAUCUUGUGAAAAAUUGAACAAUCAACCGGAAAUGGAAAUACAAUGCGAUUGUAAUGGCAAUUCAAAUGAAUGUGAUCCAUAUACUGGACAAUGUUUAAAUUGUAAAAAUCAUACACAAGGUUUUCAUUGUGAACAAUGUGAACGUGGUUAUUAUUAUCAUCAUCAUCCAUUACCAUUAUCAUCAUCAUCAACGUUUACUACUACUACUACUAUUACUGGAUAUAACGAUGAUAUAAAUCAUCAUCAUCAUCAUCAUUGUAUUAAAUGUCCAUGUGGUAGUAAUAAUGUUGAUCAUCAUAAU